GCGUUGUUGGUUUCGGGUUGUCAGGCAGCGGAGGCGGAAGAGCGACCCGAGGAGGUGACCACGGUGGAGGUGCGUCUCGGCCAUGCCAGCUGUCGCGGCCUGAGGCUCUCCACCUGCCGCAAUCAUGAAGGACAAUGGCGACUCCAAGGACCAGCAGCUCAUGGUGGCACUAAGGGUCCGGCCCAUCAACGUGGCUGAGCUGGAGGAGGGAGCUACCCUCAUCGCUCACAAGGUGGACGAGCAGAUGGUGGUUCUCAUGGACCCAAUGGAGGACCCUGACGACAUCCUGCGGGCACACCGGUCCCGGGAGAAGUCAUACCUUUUUGACGUGGCCUUUGACUUCACUGCCACCCAGGAGAUGGUGUAUCAGGCCACCACCAAGAGCCUCAUUGAAGGUGUCAUCUCAGGGUACAAUGCCACUGUGUUUGCCUAUGGCCCUACAGGCUGUGGGAAGACCUACACCAUGCUGGGCACUGACCAUGAGCCGGGCAUCUAUGUUCGGACCCUGAAUGACCUGUUCCGAGCCAUCGAGGAGACCAGCAAUGACAUGGAGUAUGAGGUGUCCAUGUCCUACCUGGAGAUCUACAAUGAGAUGAUCCGGGACCUGCUGAACCCCGCCCUGGGGUACCUGGAGCUGAGGGAGGACUCCAAAGGGGUGAUCCAGGUGGCCGGAAUCACUGAAGUCUCUACCAUCAAUGCCAAGGAGAUCAUGCAGCUGCUGAUGAAGGGGAACCGGCAGAGGACACAGGAGCCCACGGCUGCCAACCAGACGUCCUCCCGCUCCCACGCAGUGCUCCAGGUGGCAGUCCGCCAGCGCAGCCGGGUCAAGAACAUUUUACAGGAGGUGCGGCAAGGCCGCCUGUUCAUGAUUGACCUGGCCGGCUCUGAGCGUGCCUCCCAGACGCAGAACCGGGGGCAGCGCAUGAAGGAGGGGGCCCACAUCAACCGCUCUCUGCUUGCCCUGGGCAACUGCAUCAACGCACUGAGCGACAAGGGCGGCAAUAAGUACAUCAACUACCGAGACAGCAAGCUCACCCGGCUCCUGAAGGACUCAUUAGGGGGGAACAGCCGCACAGUGAUGAUCGCCCACAUCAGUCCAGCGAGCACUGCCUUUGAGGAGUCCCGGAAUACCCUGACCUACGCCGGCAGAGCCAAGAAUAUUAAGACUCGGGUGAAGCAGAACCUGCUCAAUGUCUCCUACCACAUCGCUCAGUACACUAGCAUCAUUGCUGACCUGCGAGGUGAGAUCCAGAGACUAAAGUGCAAGAUCGACCAGCAGGCAGGGCGGGGCCAGGCCCGGGGCCGACUGGAGCGAGGUGACAUCCGCCAUAUCCAAGCUGAGGUACAGCUCCACAGCGGGCAGGAAGGGCAGGAGGGGCAGGCAGAAAUGGGACAGCUUCGGGAGCAGCUCAUCAGCGCCUUCCACGAGCAGAUGGAUGUGCGGCGGCGUCUGCUGGAGCUGGAGAACCAGGCCAUGGAAGUCCAGAUUGAUACCUCCCGUCACCUACUCACCAUCGCGGGCUGGGAGCACGAGAAGUCACGUCGGGCUCUCAAGUGGCGGGAGGAGCGAAGGAAGGAGUCCUACACCAAAGAGGACAGUGAGAAGGACUCAGACACAGGAGAUGAGCCAGAUAACCUGGAGCCACCAGACGUGGCCUCAGCCCGGGAAAACAUCGCCGCCCUGGUGGGUGAACAGAAGAAGCUGCGCAAGCAGAAGCUGGCGCUGGAGCAGCGCUGCCGGGAGCUGCGAGCGCGGGGCCGGAGCCUGGAAGAGACGCUGCCGCGGCGCAUCGGCUCGGAGGAGCAGCGCGAGGUGCUCAGCCUGCUGUGCCGAGUGCACGAGCUGGAGGUGGAAAACACCGAGAUGCAGUCGCACGCUCUGCUCCGCGACAGUGCCCUGCGCCACCGCCGCGAGGCUGUACGUCUCCUGGAGCAGCACCGCAGCCUCUGCGAGGAGAUCAUCCAGGGCCAGCGGCAGAUCAUCGACGACUACAAUCUGGAGGUUCCUCGGCACCUGGAGGAACUCUAUGAAGUCUACCUUCGGGAGCUAGAGGAGGGCAGCCUGGAGCGGGCCACCAUCAUGGACCGCGUGGCCUCCAGGGCCCUGCAGGACAGCUCCUUGCCUAAAAUCACUCGAUCGGGGACCACACUGACCCCGGACUCUGACCUGGAGAGUGUGAAGACACUGAGUUCUGAGACCCAGCGCCCCCAAAACAACGCCCUACCCCCACUUGGCACAGACAGUGAGUCCUACCAUGUGUUCAAGGCCAGUCCCAAGGCCUGGCAGGCAAAGAAUUCCUCUGUGCCCACUCCACCUCCCAUCCAGGUGGGCACCCUGGUGACCCAGCAGGCCCCUCCACGGGACAGCCUGGGCAGCCAGAUCACCUCUUCCCCGGACAGCAGUGAGAACCUGUCAGAGAUCCCUCUGUCCCAGAAAGAGAAGAAAGAGAUCCUGACUCGGACCAAGUGUAUCUCGGUGAAGGCUGCCCAGCGGCGCUCUCGGGCCCUGGGAUCGGAGGGGCGCCACCUGCUGGCACCUGCCACAGAACGCAGCAGCCUGUCCCUGCACUCGAUGAGCGAGGCUGAAGAUGUUCGCCCGUCUGGUCCACUGGCCUGCAAGCGGCCGCCCAGCCCCACACUGCAGCACGCUGUCAGCGAAGACAAUCUGUCCAGCAGCACUGGCGAGGGCCCCUCUCGGGCAGCAGAACCUCGAGGUGAUGGCCCUGGGCCCUGGGUGCGGGGUCAGAAGAAAAACCUCAGCAAGAAAAGGGAGGAGUCGCUGGAGGCGAAGAGGAGGAAGCGGAGGUCUCGGUCCUUCGAGGUCACAGGACAAGGGCUGUCUCGUCCCAAAACACACCUGCUGGGACCUCAUCCCUCAGAGGGCAUUUCAGACCGGAGGAUGCCAGUGUGUGGGCGGCCAUCCCCUGGUGUCAGACGUUUGGGAAAGGUCACACUGCCUCUGGCCAAGAUCAAAUUUCCUCCAAGCCAGAAUACAGGCUCUGGGAACCCCUCUCCCCUUUCUGUUCCCCCCAACCCAGCUGGUGUUUCCCGCAGAGCUACGCGUGGGCCCAGCCUGCCCCAUGGUUCCAGCACUCUUGGCAAAGAUGGACGCCUCCGGCAUAAUUGAGGGACCCCCGGCGCCUACUGUUCUGCCCCCAGGACUGAGCAGGGUGCAGCAGGGACUGGGAGGUGGAAGUUAGGCAGAUGGAGAUUCCAUGGAGCAAGAGCUUGGAGAGUUGGGCUCCUGUGACCCGGAAUCGGUGGGGUUGUCUGCAUAACUCUUCCAUGCUCUCCACGCCCCUAGAAAGGAGGGGGCCCAGCAGCUUGGCCUCUCAGCCUUGGACAGAACCUUGUUGCCAAAAACUUGCACAGACCUGGGGUCAAUCUUGGCUUCGGCAAUGGGGAAGAGGAGCUGUUAGUGAGACAGGACUCCACCCCUGGGCAAGGGUGAGCUUGGGAUAGGGAAGGAGCCCACAGGACUUCACACAGGGUAGGAAGGGAUGGGGAGGGAUUCUGGUUUUGUAAAUUCUCUGUUGCUUUUUUUUUUUUUCUGCCUUUCUUUUAA